UCUAUUAUUUUAUUUUUUACCAAUAUGCUUCUCUUCAAAAAUAUUUUUGCUUUUAAUAAAAUGGAAUCACAAACUAAAUUAUUUUCUAAAAAUUAUUUUUCUCCUAAGUUUGAUCAAUAUAAAAUUCCAUCCUUUGAGAAAUAUGAAAAAAGAAAAAGGAAAAUAACAUGUUUGUCUUCAUUUUUUUCUUCUCCAAAUGAUCAACAUUUUUCACUUAAAGCAAUUACUAAUGUUGAAGCCAUAAUUAUGGAGAAUGAAAAAGAAAUUAUAUCUCAAAAAUCCAAUAAUGGUAUAGGAAUUAUUGAGUUUUUUGAAGGGAAAAAUAUUCUUGUCACUGGUGCUACAGGGUUUCUUGCAAAAGCUCUGAUUGAAAAGAUGUUGAGGACAAUACCAAAAAUAAACAAAAUCUACAUCCUCAUUAGGGCAAAGGAUAAAGAAGCUGCAUUUGACAGAUUAAAAAGUGAAAUUAUAGAAUCAAAAUUAUUCAAAUGCCUAGAAGAAAUGCAUGGUGAAUAUUACAAGCAAUUUAUACUAAGCAAAUUGGUUGGUGUGGUUGGAAAUAUAUAUGAGCCAAAUCUUGGUAUGGAUAUUAUUACUUCUCAACAAAUUGCUGAAGAAAUUGAUUUGAUCAUUGAUUCUGCAGCCAACACUAAAUUUGAUGAGAGGUAUGAUUUAGCACUUGAUACUAAUGUGAAUGGUCCAUAUCAACUCAUGAUGUUUGCCAAGAAAUGCGAAAAACUUAAACUUCUUAUGCAUUAUUCCACAGCAUAUGCCAAUGGAGAAAGAGAAGGAAUAAUAUUGGAGAAGCCUUUUACAAUGGGUGAAAGUAUAACAAAGGAGAAAAUCACUUCAAUUUCUCCAUUUACUGAAUUUCCAUCACUAAAUGCUGCAAAAGAAAUGGAUCUUAUUUCAAAGUUGAAAAAUAUUACAAAUAAUGGCUUGGAGCAAAUAGUGAAGGAUUUAGGAGUUGAAAGAGCAAAGUUUUAUGGAUGGCUAGAUACAUACACAUUCACAAAGGCAAUUGGUGAAAUGUUGAUAAAUAAUAUGAGAGAUGAAAUACCAAUACUUAUUCUUAGACCCUCAACAAUAACAAGUAGUUAUAAAGAACCUUUUCCAGGAUGGAUACAAGGAUUCAGGGUAAUUGACCCUCUAAUUUAUUUAUAUGGAAAAGGGGACCUUCCAGGAUUUCUUGGUGAUCCAAAUAAUCUUCUUGAUAUGAUUCCAGUUGAUAUGGCUGUAAAUGCAACAAUGGCUGCAAUUGCAAAGCAUGGAUAUUUACAAAUUCCACAAUUAAAUGUUUAUCAUUUAGCAACAAGUUUUGUGAAUCCAUUUUCACUACAUAAACUUUUUGAUAAUUGUUAUGAAUAUUUCACUUCAUUUCCUUUACCUUUUGUUAACUCAAAAGGUGAUAAAAUUGAGGUUAAUGAAAUGAAAUAUUUUGACAAAUUAUCAGAAUUUUCAAAUUAUACUAUGGAGGUACUAUCCAAGCAGCAUAGAGUACAAGAUUUAAGUGAUGAAAAAGAAUUAUUGAAGAUUCAAAUGAGAUUAAAAAGAAAAAUGGAAUUUCUCAACAACUUUAGCAAGACCUAUGAACCAUAUUCUACCUACAAAGGAUGGUUUCACAAUGGCAAUAUGAAAAAUUUAUUGGAAGAAAUGUCUGAAGAAGAAAGAGGAAGCUUUGAGAUUGAUGCAUCAAAAAUAAAUUGGGGAGAUUAUUUUUUAGAAAUUCAUAUUCCUGGUUUGAAAAAACAUGUAUUGGAAGGCAAAAAAGUACCUACAUAGGUGGUGGGGUGGGGGUGGGGUAAUAUUAUUUGUCUUUUUGAUUCGAAAUGAUUAGACGUAAAGCAUCUGUAGGUAGGUGGUUGUUUAAGUUCGUCAUCAAAUGAGUAUAAACUAUGAGUAUAAAUUUGCCCUCCUUUAAUCAUUGGAGUCAAAUAUAUCGUCAUCGUUAUCAAAAUGAGCUAGAUUCGCCCGUA